CACCUCACAGCUCCAGGAUGUCCAGUUUGAUCCUGAAUUCAUUUACUCUUUGUAUGAUGCUCUGCUCCACACCAGCUUUGUCCAUCCCGUACUGCUCGCUGGUCUCACCAUCUCGGGUACAAGGAAGAAGGCAUUCAUCAAGGACAGUUGACACGCUGUGAUGUUCAAAAACAAAACAUUGAACAUGCACAACUUUCAGACUGCAGUAAUCAGAGGAGUCUGCACUCCUUCACUCCCACUGCCUACAUCCAAACCUCCUUCCAAAGAUCCUUCCUGUAACACUGUACUAUAAAGAUAUACAGAUGAUGCUGAUCUUGUGGGGUGGUUUUCUUCUGAUCCACUUCUUCUGCCAUGUCCAUCCACAGGAGUGUGACACUUAUAGGCAAUAUCCAUAUACAAGAGAUGGUUUUAAAUGCUGCAUGAAAUGUGAACCAGGUCAACGCAUGGAGAAGGGAUGUACAAAAGAAUCUGAGACAGUGUGUAAACCAUGCAGUCCUGACUUCUACAUGGAUGAAUGCAGCAGAGAAAUGGAAUGCAAAAGAUGCACUCAAUGCACCAAAGAAAACAUGGUGUAUAAGGUGAACUGCUCUAAAAUCUCUAAUGCGGUGUGUGGCUGUGAGAGGGGAUAUCAAUGCAGCGGUAAUUCCUGUACAGAUUGUGAGAAAAUCCCAGAACCGACAACACCAACAACAACAUCGCCAACAACAACAACGCCAACAACAACAACGCCAACAACAACAACACCAACAGUAACCUCAAGUACCAAAAAACCUCAGCAAACUCUGUCCCAAGCAGAACCACACCUGCAUAUGGAUGGAUCAUGUUGGCUACAGCUGGUUGUUUUUGGCGGUCAGAGAAAACUUCCAUUGAAUCCAGUCAGUGCACAGUGGAUGAAGAAGUGCCGAUGCCAGUACAGGAGAUGUGCGGACACAAAGACUGGCAAGAAGAGGUCUGAAGGAGACAGCAGGAAGCGGCGACGACGAGGCAGGAAAAGGCACAUAAGAGUGUGGAUUGACUAUUCACUCUAAAGUCUUAGAAAAUAGCUUGUGCAGGGAGGAGCGAGAGACAAACUCAUCCUGCCACAAUUGGGAUACUGAGAGAGGAGGAAAAAUAAAUUCCACUAUAUCACAUUUAAACUACUUAAUGUUCCAUGGAAACUGGGGUUUAUAUCUAAUUUAAUAUCACAUUUUAAAAAAGGAGGUGGCACAGAGUUCAAUCUAUUUGUGAAGGCAUUGUGUUCGUGUUUGUGUGUGUGUGUGUGUGUGUGUGUGUGUGUGUGUGUGUGUGUGUGUGUGUGUGUGUGUGUGUGUGUGUGUGUGUGUGUGUGUGUGUGUGUGUGUGUGUGUGUGUGUGUGCAUCGUACCCUACAAUAAACUGGAGUCCCAUCCAGGGUGUAGUCUUGCCUCAAACCCAGUUUUUCCACAAUAGGUUCUGGUUUUAUGGCUAUUGAAGAUGAACAGUUCAUUUUUUAAAAUAGUGGAAUUGGGUUGUUUGUGCUAAUGGAUUGUUUUUUUUUUAUAUGUUUUAAUCAUAUUCACAUUGGUGAGAACCUCAGAAUUUGUUUCUAUUUUUUGGAAGGCUUACUGUCUACAUAUUUAGGAUUUUUAGGAUUGUUGUUUGUAUAUAUAGUUGUUUUUACUAGAUAGGAAUUGGCUAAAACAAGGGAAGUUUAAUUCAAGGCAAAUAAAACACAUUGUGGCCAUCUUUAAACUUUGUACAGAAGUAUAGACAUAAGACAUAUUAAUGUAUUUGUUUUCUUCUUCUUUUUAUAUUUCUUCUAUUUUUAAUAAGAAGAGGAAGAAAAUUACUUUCACAUGGGUGGAAGUAACAUCUAUGGAAGGCCACAGAAAAAGCUUUUUAUGAAAAAGCACUCUAAUUUCGCCAACAAGGCAAAGUUUGAAAUAAGUUUGCACUAUUAACUCUGAAAACCAGCAUCAAAGAAAUGUCACUUCUCUGAGCUGAUUCUUUGGGUCAUGCCAAUUUCAGGAUUCUUAUUCAAAUUUAUGCAAAGAAGUUUUUAGUAAAGUCUCCAAAAUAUAAAGUGAUGGCAUAUCGUGGCAAUCAUCAGAUGUUGGCCACAAGUUGCACGCGAAAGACGAUGACAUAACUGACUCCUAGAGGUUUUAUAAAUGUAACUUUAGGGGGUGCUAUAAUUUACAAAUUGGUGUAUUUUUACAGGAAGUUGGCCUAUUUGAGUUUUAACCAAACAGCUGUUGUUGUUUUUUUUCCACUUAUUACCCUACAAAUUUUGCACAUCGUUUUGUCAUCAUGGAGGUCAAAGCAAAGCGAGAUCCACCUUGAAAAAAAUCUUUGCUAUGCAGGAUGGGCCGACUGUAUUUGACAGCAAAGUCAUUUAAGUGGAAGUGAGGACACUGCUCACCAACACUUUUUUUUAUUGACAAUAAA